AAAGUCAUUUAAGCUAGCUUUGAAUAUAAAAAUGUACAGAAUAUUUCGAAUGGAAAAUUAAAGAAAUUCCUUAAACCUCCAAACAGAAUAAUCUCAGAUAACAUAUUUAACCCUGUACUUUUAUGUGCAUGGUACUUGCAGACAGUGGUCUAAGUUUAGAGGAUAUAAUUCACAUUCCAGGUCUGUUUACCUGACCAUUAUUUAUCGUGUCUUCAUAUACUGUUACCCAGAGAUUGAGGAUGUAAGCCAUAUAGAUGUCUGAUUUUAGGAAUGUGAAGGAGACCUCCCAUGUAAGAGCUGGAUACUCCCUGACAUCUUUAUUAAUUUAAAACUCUGUAACAGUUCAGGAUAAAAAUGAAGAUAGUUUUCUUGAGUGUGUUGCUGUGGGCCAGUGUCCUCUGUUUGGAUUUUAAUUACCAUGACAACAGUAGACUUGAACAGUUCCUCCAGAACAUGUCCAGUAUCUACCCAAACCUGACCAAGCUCUACAGCAUCGGAAAAUCGGUAGAGAAUAGGGAUCUUUGGGUGAUAGCUAUUGGAGGAAAUCCAGACAGACACGAGACACUGCGACCACACGUAAAAUACAUAGGCAACAUGCACGGGAACGAGGUUGUAAGUCGCGAGGUACUGUUACAUCUAGUGGACUACUAUCUGACGUCAUACGGCAACAACGACACGAUCACGAGCUUCCUCAAUAACACUGUCGUCCAUAUCAUGCCCUCCAUGAAUCCAGACGGCUUCAGUCAAGCAACUGUCGGGGACUGUAAUGGAAUUGUGGGGAGAAGUAACAAGAAUGGCUAUGACUUGAAUCGGAAUUUCCCAGACUAUUUUGCUGUAAAUCCUGCCCCAAUCCAGCCAGAGACUGCUGCUGUAAUGAAUUGGACUCAGCAGUAUCGAUUUGUCCUCUCGGCUAACCUCCAUGGAGGAACACUGGUUGCCAACUAUCCCUUUGAUAAUUACCCAAAUGCCAAUGGUAUUCCUAAGUAUGUGACCUGCCCUGAUGAUGAUACAUUUAUUUCGUUAUCUAAGACAUAUUCCUACAAACACAGUAACAUGUCCUCUGGCAGCCAUUGUGGAGACCGAUUCCCAGAGGGUAUAACUAAUGGUGCUCUGUGGUAUCCAGUAACUGGUGGCAUGCAGGACUGGAACUACAUGCAGGCAGGGUGUAUGGAGAUCACCCUGGAGAUCAGCUGCUGUAAAUACCCUGCAGCAUCAACGCUCCCAGAUUUCUGGAGUGCCAACAAACAGGCUCUGGUGGACUAUCUCAUGAGAGUCCAUUCAGGUGUCAAAGGCAUAAUAUAUGAUCAAGAGGGAAAAGUAGUCCCAGCAGCGACUCUCAAGAUCAAAGGUCGUGAACUGGUAUCCUUCCGCUCCUCAAACUAUGGAGAAUACUGGAGAGUCCUUGUGCCAGGCGCUUAUGUUCUCCAGGUGUUCAAUGGAGUAAACAGUACAGAGAAGAGUUUUGUUGUUACAAAUGGACAGGUGACCAGACUGGACAUAAGAUCCUGGCAGCCUAUAAUAUCCGCCGGUACCUCAUUAAAUCAGCCAUACAUUCCCAUUCUACCAGUAUUGCUCAUCGCAUGUUAUCACCUGAUGUACAUUUUAUUUUUCUAAGUGCCAUUAAAAUGUACUUUUUCACUCUUGUUCAUAAUUCAUGGAAUCACAAUUUCUGGUCAAUCCAUGUGUAGAAAAUUACGCCAAUUUCUUGGAUUGUAAUUAUACGUCCUUAAUGCUUUUUAAGCAUGCUGUGACAAUAUCCGGAGUAAAUUGAGAGUGUGAAGUAUCCCAAAGAAAAGAAAAAUUAAUUCAAUGGUAAAAGAAGUAUUUUUACAGUAUUUAGUGAAAUUACAAUUGUACCUUUUUUUUUAAUAAGUAUUAUAUUUUCUUCUCUACCUCUUGAUACGUUUUAACAAAUAUAGCAAGAAAUAUAUCUACAUGUAUUAAGAUGUAAUGUCUGUAUAAAUAUGAUAUUUUUCAUAUACUUAGUUUCAAAGACAUCAUAUUUGAAAAAUGGGACUUGCAUCAUUGAAAAUAGAGGAGGGGUUUCCUGCUUAACUAAACUCCAUUGAUUUCACUAGUUUCAUUUGCAUACACCUGUGUCAGUGAUAUGACUAAUAAAUGUUUAUGUCCUCAAGUUUGAAAUAUAUAUAUAUUUCCCAAGUUUAUAGAGAAAAUUAAGUGCUUGAAAAACAAUUGUAUUUUUAAGUAUGUUUGAAUAAUGAAACAGUUAAACACUUGCCUCUUACUUUUUAAAACAGUCAAAAUGUUUUGUGAUUGUAUGUAAUUUUGUAUUUUGUUAAAUUGCAAAUAUAUGAAAAAGGAGCAUAGGUUA